CUAGGUCCUCAAAGAUCAUCACGUACAACUCAAAAGCUCAAGUUGCUACCUGAGGAGCCGAUAACUGAUACUGUUGAUGGCUCAAGAGAUGUUUAUUCACAGGUUAAUAGAAUCACGGACACACCUGCUAGAAGAGAUGCGGAAAGAUUGGGUAAGAAUCAAAGGUCUCUAUUACCAAGAGUCACAGCAUAUUGCACAGCUAGUAGUUAUAAGAUGAAGGAUCUCAUAAGGUGGUUGAAAGAUAAUAAGCGUACAUUUGAGUCUCAUCCCAAGUUAUUUGAUGAAUGUCUGUAUACACCAUUUGUAUAUAAAGAUUGGAGAGGUGAUAAAAGAAUGGAUAAAGAUUUGAUAAGACUAGAUGAUGAAGGUGGUGAAAUCACAAUCGAUGAUAGACAUACAGAUGUGUUUAUAUUUGAGUAUGGUGUUGUUGUUCUUUGGGGUUUUACAUUAAGAGAAGAACAAGCAUUUUUGAAUGAUUUAGAGAAAUUUGAGAAUGAAAAAUUAGCUCAAGAGGAUAUCCAAAUUGAAGAAUUCAACUAUUAUAUCACCAAGAGUUACCAACCUAGGAUCUAUAAUGAUUUCAUUACUCUAAGAGACGGUUCAAAUUAUAUGCUUAAACUUUCUAUUUCCCAUGCUAUCUCACAAUCUGUCAAGAUUUCACUUUUUGAAGAAUUGGUUGAUAAUACGAUUGAGGAUACACAAGAUAUUCCUCAACAAAUUGCGUUAGCUGGUAAAGUUGAAAUGAAUAAAGAUGAAAUCAUGAAGAGUAUUGGAGAAUUGUUUAUUUUGAGAAUAAACAUCAAUCUUCAUGGAUCAGUUUUAGAUUCACCAGAGAUUAUGUGGGCAGAGCCUCAUCUCGAACCUAUUUAUCAAGCUACAAGAGGGUACUUGGAAAUCAAUCAAAGAGUUGCAUUAUUGAAUCAAAGACUUGAAGUCAUUUCUGAUCUUUUACAAAUGCUUAAAGAGCAAUUGGGUCAUUCAAACGAAGAAUAUUUGGAAUUUAUUGUUAUCAUUUUGGUUGGUGUUGAAGUGUUGGUAUCAGUUAUCAACAUUGUUGUUGACAUAAUAGCU